AGAACUCUUCGUAGACCCGCGACGAAUUUCACUUUUUCAUAUUUUCUAAAAAGUAUUUAUUUAUGUAUUUAUUUAUUUUCUGCUCUAGCUGUUAGCUGCAAUGUUCAUGAUAACUCUAUGGCUAUUGUGGCAUGGUAGGCUACACAUUUGUUAAAAGACAAUAACCCUAUUCUUUCAUCCAAAUGCAAUAUUAUGCAGUCCAUGACUGAAGGACACAUGCGACCUCGGUGAUCCCAGGAAAUUCGAUUCUAAUAGCCUAUGAGACUUCUUCCAGGCGACAAGAUUUUCCUUAGUAAGCACUGUCUGGCAAGGACGUUCGAGUUCAUUUCCUGCAUAGUACGGGACGUGCUAUUAUGUUCCAUCCUCGUGACAUCCGUUCCAAUAGUAAUAAUAAUGAUAUAGCAAGAUAGGCCUACACUUACAACUUUAAAGAUAAUGUGCGUAGUUUAUCCCUUUAUUUACGAAUUACGAAGUCGAGGGGUGGCCCUGUUUUUUGCGAUGUAUAAAAUUGGAACCACUGAUUGAAAUAAUUCAGUGUCCGUUCUUUUACAAAAGUAGAAGGCAGGAUUCGUUCGAUGCAACUGAUCUGAAUCAGUUACUUUGAUUGAGAUUUUUCAUUUUUGACUUUAAAUCUAUUGCAGAUCUCAGUAGCGUUCCAUGCGUUACCCUGACCCCUCCAAAUAUAGCAAACUAUUUAUAGGACAACUUCUCAACAACUGCGGUGACUGGACCCCUUUACCCCUGACAGCAUAAACCGAGGUCUCUCUGUUCUUCCUUUUCUGUAGGAAAUGCUAAGAAAGCUUUCUCUUAAAUGACCAACUCUUAUUGAUAUAUUGAAUAUACAUUACAUAUUUCUUAUAGAUAGAAAAUAAAUACUUAGGAUAGUCAACAGUCCAAGAACACCCAAAAAUUCAGCAAAAUGGGGGACUUCCAGCAGUUUGAGCCGGACUUUUACCAGUCGGAGUAUUACAUAGAUGACCAGGAGCAGCCAGCUUACAGCUAUGAGGAUGCUGCCCACCAAGACAUAGACUACGAUGCCCCCUCGCCCAGUGUCUACGCCCCAGCCAUGGGUCUGGGCCAUCCUGAUCCACCCUACACUGGGCACGUGUUCCAACCUGCAAAGGAUUCUGGGACAGAUGCCUAUACAAGCACAGAUACUUUUGAGGAUGAGCCCCCAUUGCUGGAAGAAUUGGGAAUUAACUUUGAUCACAUCUGGCAGAAGACUCUGACUGUGUUGAACCCAUUUAAACCAGCAGAUGGCAGUAUCAUGCAUGAAACAGAUUUGACUGGACCGAUUCUGUUUUGUGUUGCUCUUGGUGCAACAUUACUGAUGGCAGGUAAGAUCCAUUUUGGCUAUGUGUACGGUAUCAGUGCGAUGGGCUGCCUGGGCUUGUACUCCCUGCUGAGUCUGAUGAGCCUGGUGUGCAUCUCUUACGGCUGUGUGGCCAGCGUCCUUGGGUACUGCCUUCUCCCCAUGGUGGGCCUCUCCACCUUCGCCAUCUUCUUCUCCCUCCAGGGGAUUCUGGGAACUCUGUUUGCCCUCCUGGUCAUUGGCUGGUGCAGCCUGUCAGCAUCCAAGAUCUUCAUCUCCACCCUGGAAAUGGAAGGGCAACAGCUCCUGGUGGCGUACCCCUGCGCUCUGCUGUACGGAGUCUUCGCCCUUCUCACCGUCUUCUGAGACCCGCAACGCUGCCUUGCACUUCCUGUCCAGCUGUCCGCUUUUCUCGGGUCACGUUACACUCACUCUGCAAACGCUCUUAUCCACAGCGCUAUACGGAAGUAGGCAACGUCGGUGUCUAAGGAAUACAAAGUGUAAUUUCAUCAAGAUGGCUCAGAAGGUCCAUUUAUACUCUAUAUUGUUCAUCUAACAAACAGCUGUUUGUAUUGUAACAGAAUAAGUACCAAUAGACCGAUAACCUGUCUUUCCAGUUAUACCCAUUGUAUAUAAUAUUAUCACAAAAGGAAAUCAUUGCUAUCAUUCAAACUCUGUUUGAUGUUGUUUAGGAAUUUGUUGCAACUUUAUUAAUUAAAAUCAUAUAUUU